AUGUGGUCACAAGGCGGCCGGGGGCGGUGCCGAGCGCGAGGCGGAGUUUGCGCACUCCUGCUCUCUAGGGUUCGGGGCGGUGGGCGGGGGGGUGGGGAAGAGAGAGAGAGCGAGAGAGAGAGAAAGAGAGACAUGCUCUCUCGACCAAUGAGCGCAGAGAUCGCUUGGGGGCGGGGCCAAGUUACCGCGCGCCGGGCCGCGGUUGGCAGGGGGCGGGCUCGUCUCGUGGCCCCGCCCACUCCGGUCAGCGGCUGCAGGGAGGGCGGUGCCCCGGCCGCGGCUGCGGCGGCUCUUCAGGUAAAGGGCGGACAGGUCCCGGGGGUCAGGGCCGGCCGCGGUCACUCGGGGAGGUGCCCCUCGGGGAAGCCUAGGUCGCAGAACUUCGGGUCGCCCGCUUGGCCAGGCCGCCGCGGGAAACCGAGUCAGGGGGCGCCUCUCCAAGGUCACCAGGCGAGCGCAGGGACGGUCCCGGGCUUCGCGGGGCCGAGCCCGCCCUCUUCCCUGGGCUCAGGUGCGCCCUGCCCCGCGCGGAGCAGGAUUUGCCGCGUCACAACCCGGAAGAGCGGCCUGGGAGCCCAGCCGCUCACUUUCUUCCUCGCCCAGCGUGCGGAGCGCGUUCUCCGUGCCCGGCCCCUCCCAAGGUGGGACUCGGGGUGCUCGGCCCCCGUGCCUGGCCCCGCCCUGAGGGGCGUUCAGUUUGUCACUUUUCGGAGGCCUGUGGUCCACCUCCUUGCUUCCCCAGGGGAAGAACGGGGAUCCUCUGUGGGAAACUCAUCUUAA